UGGAGCACAGGUCAACAUGCACGAGCCGUAAAAAUACGCACUAUCGAGAGCACUCAACGGCCUUCGCGUCAAACACGACGUUGAAAGCGGGGCACCCUUCACGGGGGAAAGAAACCUGAGCAUGGACGUCGUCAUCAGGCCAGGAGCCCUCACGAACGCAACUUCUCCGGGGUACCGCAGCAAAGGAAUACUCCUCGUAGUCACACAAGCAGAUCCACAAGCACAGGUACACUUGCGGAACGGCAGCGCGACCAGCGAUGGAACCGCAGCCCAAGCAUCCGAGGCGCGAAAGCGUCAGCACUACGCUCGUCCGGGACACGUGUCCUUUGACGAACGCAGUUUUAAACUUACCACCUUAGCCGUGGAAAGCUUUGGCCGCCUUGGAGAGGAGGGUUACGAGUUCAUCGAUGACCUUGCGACACAUGCCGUGGGAGGAAGGGACGAAGGAACGAUGGAUCUGAAAGGAGUCUUCAAGGAACGACUUCUUCAGAUCGUUUCGGUGGCUACACAGGUGGCCAUAUCUCGGCGAGUGCAGAGGUACAAGCUCGCAUUGCGCGGGCGUCAAGACGCCGAAAACAGGCGAACAAGAUCGACCUCGAACCAGUCAACGCCAAUGAUAUGGGGAUGGAGUGUAGACGCAUCGUAGAACGCGUUUUCGUUUGAAGUUGGCGUCUUGUUUGAGAGUAGAUGUGACAGAUUUGCGUAGAAUAGGGUAAGAUGUUAUCAUGAACGGAGAAGAAAGGGCUUUUCCAACACGGAGAUGUAGCAUGGAUCAAAGCAUUUGUUGGAUUUCAGCUUUUACAAGCGGACAUCAACGCAGUAGUAUUUUAGCAAGCUUACGAACGCAUACAGGAUACCAUGAGGAUUGUCAUUGGUUUUAUUUUAAAUUGAAGAGAAGAUAUUUUUUCGAUGUAAGUGACAGUAGAAAUAAGUCCUACAUAUGUUGUUGUAGUUCGUAUUGGUUUAAUAUUCAUGUAGAGUAUGAGACAUUAAGCGCAAGUUUUAUGAGGUACAUCUGCAAUUGUCGGAAGGCAAAAAAAACAAAA